CGUACUCAUAUGGACACGUGAUCGAAGAAGUUAUAAAUAGAGGUGCCGCACUCGUUUGUUUCUUUGAAUUUGAGACAGAGCGAGGAGUGACAUGGCGUCUACAAGCCACCCAGGUGUUAUGGCCCUUCCCAGAGUUCAGUGUCCCAACCACCCUGAUGCCUGUCUGGUGGAGGACUACAGAGCAGGGGACAUGAUCUGCCCUGAAUGUGGCCUUGUAGUAGGUGAUCGUGUAAUCGACGUGGGCUCAGAGUGGAGAACGUUUUCUAAUGAGAAAGCCCUCAAGGACCCAUCCAGAGUGGGAGACGCCCAGAACCCAUUACUCAAUGGAGGAGACUUAACCACCAUGAUCAGCAAGGGAACAGGAGCUGCCAGCUUUGAUGAAUUUGGGAACUCGAAGUACCAGAACAGGAGAACCAUGAGCAGCUCUGACCGGGCCAUGCUCAACGCCUUCAAAGAGAUCAGCACCAUGGCGGAUCGCAUCAACCUGCCGAGGAACAUCGUAGACAGAACAAACAACUUAUUUAAGCAGGUUUAUGAACAGAAGAGCCUGAAGGGCCGAGCCAAUGAUGCCAUCGCGUCAGCCUGUCUCUACAUCGCCUGCAGACAGGAGGGUGUGCCGCGAACCUUUAAAGAGAUCUGCGCUGUGUCCCGGAUCUCAAAGAAAGAGAUCGGUAGGUGCUUCAAGCUGAUCCUGAAGGCACUGGAGACCAGCGUAGACCUCAUCACCACCGGGGACUUCAUGUCCCGCUUCUGCUCCAACCUCGGCUUACCCAAACAGGUGCAAAUGGCAGCCACCUUCAUCGCCAGGAAGGCCGUGGAACUCGACUUGGUGCCUGGCAGGAGCCCCAUCUCUGUAGCUGCAGCUGCCAUCUACAUGGCUUCCCAAGCUUCAGCAGAGAAGAAGACCCAGAAAGAAAUCGGAGACAUCGCUGGUGUUGCAGAUGUGACGAUCAGACAGUCGUAUCGACUCAUCUACCCACGGGCUGCAGAGCUUUUCCCCCCAGACUUCAAAUUUGAUACACCUGUUGAUAAACUGCCCCAACUGUGAAGAACACUCCUCUCGUACAGCACAACAAUUUCUGCUGUACCUACAAGAUCAUCACCAUUAUUAUUGCUGUUUUUUCUUUUAUAAAUGAUGCGUGUUGGUUUUGGAAGAUUUCUCUCGUCCUGCCUUAGACGACACCAAAGUCUGACAGGUGCAACGGACACACAUUCCAGUACUUAAAUAAACAGCUUGCAGACUGUACUUGCAGUAUUUCAUUUGAGUGUAUAUACUGUACAAUGUAUAUAUGUCCAAGUGGGAAGUGUAACUGAUACUUGCAAUUUUAGGCUGAUUUCCUACUGUACACAAAAACUUUUUUUUUGUAGAAAAUUACCAGUUUCUAUUUUGUUAGUGUUUGAAUUGUUCUGGGUAAUUUAAAUAAAAAUAAAAUUUCUCUUUAAACCAG